UGUUUAUGUGUGUGCACCCGUGUGUUUGUGGGGGACGCGUGUGUCUGCGCGCGCGGGUGUGUGGCGGGGGCGGGCUCUGCGCCCGGGGGGCAGGGCUCGCCGUGAGAGUGGCAGCUGGACUUGCGAUGCUGCGAGGGACAGGGUGCAGAGCCGCAGUGCCGUAGUGGGCAGCAGCGGCAGUCUGCCCUGCUAGCAGUCGAACCCCUAAACAGAGGCGAAAGACCCCGGUGCCGCCAACCCUGGAAGCCGCCUGAUGUCCCCGCCCCAGAGAGGCUGCACUGAGAGGACGCCCGGGCGCACGCUUUGGUCCCCUUGUCUCUCUCGGUUUCUCUUUCCUCCCAAGUAAGGGAAUACGCAGCUAGGAGGGAGCGCCCCCGGGAAGCGCGCACCCAAGUGUUGCAUGGUGAGGAAUUGCCAGGAUUCGGGAUUGGCCUGGGCUACAGCAUGACGAUGUUGCCCGAGGAGUAGCAGAAGUCUUUGUCAGCUGCCAAGAGCAAUCCACCACUGUCAUCAACACUUGAGUGCCCAGACGUCUUCGGAAGGCCUGAUCCACCGCCUAUCUGCAAUGAGCCAGGCCCUGAGGUGGGCCUCGGCUUCUCCCUGGUGAACAGAACUCCACCCGUGGCCUCAGGCAAUCACGCUCAGCUGAAAGAUGAGUGAAGGACGAUGGGUCUCUCUCUCCUCAGAAGAAUUUGACCAACUCCAGAAAUACGCUGAAUAUUCCUCCAAGAAAAUAAAAGAUGUGCUGACUGAAUUUAAUGAAGGUGGAAGCCUCAAGCAAUGCGACACACACAAGCCCAUUAGCUAUGAUGUCUUCAAGCUGUUCAUGAGGGCAUACCUGGAGGUGGACCUUCCUCUGCCACUGAGCACACACCUCUUCCUGGCCUUCAGCCAGAAGCCCAGACAGGAGACACCUGACCACCCAAAGGAGGGGGCCAGCAGUAGUGAGCCCAAUGUCUCAGAUUGUGAUGCGGAUAAUGCUGCCAAAGCAGAUGAGGCCUGCGCUCCCGACACUGAUUUAUACUGCUUCACACAAAGGAGCCAAGGAAACCGUUGUGGGGCUAGGGAUUCAAUCCAGACCUGUGCAACCUCAAUUCCCUGCUCUCUUUCUGUACAGAACGAGGUAGCCAAGCUGUCAGAAUCAAAGAUGGAAAAGACACAAGCACCGCCUAAAGACCUAGAGACCGUGGCCCCAUGGGAGGAUCCCGAUGCUCUGUCUUCAAGCCCAGAUGCUCCCGUGGUGUACCUGAAGGAUGUCGUGUGUUACUUGUCCCUGCUGGAGACGGGGAGACCUCAGGAGAAGCUAGAAUUCAUGUUUCGUCUCUACGACUCUGAUGAAAACGGACUCCUAGACCAAGCGGAGAUGGAUCAGAUUGUGAACCAAAUGCUACAUAUUGCGCAGUACCUGGAGUGGGACCCCACGGAGCUCAGGCCUAUCCUGAAGGAGAUGUUGCAAGGAAUGGACUACGACAAGGAUGGCUUUGUGUCUCUACAGGAGUGGGUCCAUGGGGGGAUGACCACCAUCCCAUUGCUGGUCCUCCUGGGAAUGGACGACUCUGGCUCCAUGGGGGACGGAAGGCAUGCCUGGACCCUGAAGCAUUUCAAGAAGCCCACGUACUGCAACUUCUGCCACAUCAUGCUGAUGGGUGUCCGGAAGCAAGGCCUGAGCUGCAUUUACUGUAAAUACACUGUCCACCAACGCUGUGUGUCCAAAAACAUUCCUGGAUGUGUGAAAACAUACUCAAAAUCCAAAAGGAGUGGCGAGGUGAUGCAGCACGCGUGGGUGGAAGGGAACUCCUCCGUCAAGUGUGACCGGUGCCACAAAAGUAUCAAGUGCUACCAGAGUGUCACCGCGCGGCACUGCGUGUGGUGCCGGAUGACGUUUCACCGCAGAUGUGAAUUUUCGGCGGUGUGUGAUGGUGGGGAGCUCAAAGACCACAUUCUGCUGCCUACCGCCAUAUACCCCAUCACCCAAGACAGGCAAGGAGGGAAGUCCGACGGCAGCAUGGCCUCCAAGGGUGAACUUGUAACACAGUAUAAGAUCAUCCCUAGUCCAGGAACUCAUCCCCUGCUGGUCUUGGUGAACCCCAAAAGUGGAGGAAGACAAGGAGAAAGAAUUCUCCGGAAAUUCCACUACCUGCUCAACCCCAAACAAGUUUUCAACCUGGACAAUGGUGGACCUACUCCAGGACUGAACUUUUUCCAUGACACCCCAGACUUCCGUGUUCUUGCCUGUGGCGGAGAUGGGACAGUUGGCUGGAUUUUGGAUUGCAUUGAUAAGGCCAACUUCACAAAGCAUCCACCAGUGGCCGUCCUGCCUCUCGGAACGGGGAAUGACCUUGCACGAUGUCUCCGCUGGGGAGGAGGUUACGAAGGGGGCAGCUUGACGAAAAUCCUGAAGGAGAUUGAACAGAGCCCCUUGGUGAUGCUGGAUCGCUGGUAUCUCGAAGUCACACCCAGAGAAGAGGUGGAGAAUGGAGACCAGGUCCCAUACAACAUCAUGAACAACUACUUCUCCAUUGGUGUGGAUGCUUCCAUUGCCCACAGAUUCCACAUGAUGAGAGAGAAACACCCUGAAAAAUUCAACAGCAGGAUGAAGAACAAGCUGUGGUAUUUUGAAUUUGGCACCUCGGAGACCUUUGCAGCCACCUGCAAGAAGCUUCAUGACCACAUAGAGCUGGAGUGUGAUGGAGUUAAGGUGGACCUGAGCAACAUCUUCCUGGAAGGCAUUGCCAUUCUGAACAUUCCCAGCAUGUACGGAGGCACCAAUCUCUGGGGAGAAACCAAGAAGAACCGGGCUGUGAUUCGGGAAAGCAGGAGGAGCGUCAUAGACCCAAAGGAGCUGAAAUGCUGUGUCCAAGACCUCAGCGACCAGCUCCUUGAAGUUGUGGGUCUAGAGGGAGCCAUGGAAAUGGGACAGAUCUAUACUGGCUUGAAGAGUGCGGGCAGGAGGCUGGCCCAGUGCUCCUCUGUCAUCAUUAGGACUAACAAGCUUCUGCCGAUGCAAGUAGAUGGAGAACCCUGGAUGCAGCCGCGUUGCACAAUUAAAAUCACUCACAAAAACCAGGCACCUAUGAUGAUGGGGCCUCCCCAGAAGAGCAGCUUCUUUUCAUUGCGGAGGAAAAGCCGUUCAAAAGACUAAAGAGCACGCCAAACAAACACCAGCUCUACCAAGAAGAAUCUACACACGUGCACACACACAUCACACAGACACACAUGCGCACACACAUACACACAUACCAUGCACACACACACACACACACACACACACACACCACACACAUACACACCAUACAGUCACACACACAGACACACAUCUGUAGCCAGAGGAAGUCAAGCCACCCUCCCAGAGGAAAGUGUCGUCCUGCCGUACAGUCUACCUGUUUUUAAAACGGAUCCACUCUUAACAGAACCAAUACCCGUGAACUAUUUUGAAUGGACGCAGGGCCCACCAGGAUGGGUUGGCUCCCAUAGCCACUUCCACAUUCCCACAGGCCUGGGGUAGACUCUGAGCCUGAAGGAGAAAUCCCCCCCCCCUUUUUUUUCCUUCACCAAUUCCUGUAAGGUUCCAGGCUGUAUGUUCCCUGCCUACAUGAGAUCGGAUGUGGUCAGGAGAAAGCGCUCCAACCCAGAAAUUUUGCACAAAAGUCCUCUGUACAGAAACAAAACAGCCUCCAGCUCUCCAAGCAAAACCCUUGGCAGAGCUCAGCAAGCACACGAUGGCUUCUUCCUUGUCCUUCAAGCAACAGCUCCUCCCCUCCUCGCUCGCUGAGGAAAAGCCAAGAAGCCCAGGAAAGCAGUUUCCAUUCUCUGUUCUCUCGGCUGCCCAUGGGCACUUGUUCGCUUCCUGAAGCAUCUCUUGGCGGCUGUUUGCUUAGAGAACAAACAUGGCUGCCUGGGCAGGCUACUUCAGAUGUGGUGUUUAUUUUCCUAGUGUCUAUGAACACCUGGGAGGGAAAACUGAGAAAGUGGACUUUAUUUUUAAAAUCAAUGUCAUGAUACUGUGUAAAAAGAGAAGAAAAGAAGAACCACUCGCAGUACUCCCCAGCCUCACUACCACACAAGCCAAAGUGAAUCUCCUGUUUGAAUUCCAAGCCCUGGUGGCAGAGAUGGUAGGAAGGGGGAGCUUUGCAGGGAGAACUAGGAGACACCCAUCAGGAGAUUGCCUGUUUUCUUUGCACUUCCCGCUCUCACAGUGUGACAGAGGACCUUCUGAAAGGUCUUAUAUGUGUACAUAUGUAGCAUAUAUAUUUAUAUAUAAUAUAUAAAUAUUUAUUUACUGCUGGACUUUUCCUCUUUAGAAAUAAACCUAGAUAGUCUGGGAACAGAAAAUGGGAAAGAGAAAAGGAAGUUCCUCCUCUCCGACCAUCAUUUGAUGGUAGAGACACAUUUCCCUGGCUGGUUAGAAGCGUUACGGGAAUGAGCUAGACCCGGGGAGCAACCACGAAACACAUUCUGUUCGAGGCUUAUUCCCGCAUUGGCUGAUAAGGAAACUGAGCUGUGGAAAAGUUAAAAGGCUUCUCCACAGAAAUCCUGGCUAAUGAGAUUUGGACUGUAGAGGUUACUAAAAAGAUCGUUAAUAGACAAAAGAACCCUCAUCUGGGAAUAGGGUCAUUUCUGGUCACCAAGAAGUGGUUGCACUUGGAUCCAGGUUGUCAGGGAGGAACUAUCAGUUAGCCUAUGCAUGGAUGGAGCGGCCCACACAAGAAAAUGGGACGUGGGGACUUAAACUACUUCCCAAGUUCUCCACGGUCCUACUUCCCAAGUUCUACGUGGAGAGAAGUUGUCCUCUAGUUGAAGGCCCCAGACAGACGAUCUGAUUGAGUUCCCAUGUCACCUCGUCGAUCUUCUUGCCUUGGAAACAUUCCUGACUACCGAUGUGACUUCAGUGAAGAUGUCGGAUGUUGACAAUGAAGACAAAACAGUCUCUGUCAUGUUCGGUGGGCUUCCUUCAGCUGGUGCCAGCAUCCCCCUUUGUGGAGGGUAACUCUACACAGAGCAUCGUUGGUGAAAAAACAACCUUUGCCUCAGCCCCCUGGCUUACCUGGGCCUUCAUCUCUGUUUCAGAUUUCUCAAGAGAAAACCUGGCCCAAAAGGCAUGGCUCUAAUAAGCUGCCUCCUUGCAGUGGACAAGGAAGGGAAGGUGAGGAAUAUGUACAAAGGGAACCUCUGAAGGAAGUUGCCAUCUAAAACGGAGGGCUAAGACUAGGGACUAUCCUGCUUAACCGAACAUGCUUCUGCUGAGCAAGGAAGAACCCAGACCACCUAAAGCACACACCGAUGGGACGCUUGGUGAUGCAACCCCCAAGCUCCCAAACGACAGCAGGUACUAUUUUGGACGGCACUGGCUUCUGAAACUGUCAGAGGUUCAGCUUCUGGGUCACUGAUUCUAAGACAUUUACAGAAGUGUGUUUCAGCACCGAUCCCCCCAGGAUUACGGGUUGAGGCAGCACCAUCGAUAGGUGAAUGGAUUCCCAGAGACUCACAAGUCUUGUGAAGGGGCCCUGUAGACAUUGAAUGUUACCUGAGAGACACAGCCCGGUCCUCUCAGAGGCACAGAGUAUACAAAACGCCAUGCCAUUUGCGAUUCUGAUUUGCUAAUCUUAAUAAGUCUUGUGUUGCUGUUUAAUCUUACCUUACAAGUCAUCCUUUAAACUCCCUGGCUGGGGUUUCUUAUUGUAUAGUGCAUCAUCUUAGUGACCCUCGCUCCCAAGUUCUAGCCAGCAAAGUAUUAUCAUCUCCACCCUGCUGAGAAUGGGGCUUUCUGGUGUUUAGUGGCUUCUUAAAGCUACACCGUCAGGGGAGAGCCUGGUCCCUUAUGUGUUCUCCUGCUUGGAUUCUUUCCAUGCUGCAGGCAUGUUCUCACCUGCCUUCACGCUUCCACCCCACUAGCAAUAAAAACAAUGA